GAUUGACACAUUCAACGCCUUGCAUAUUCAAAAGUAACAACGUUUAUUAAACUGAGCUGAUGUGGUCAGUAUAGGAGCAUAUUAUAUUUAAAAAAAUAAAGUAAACAUGACUUAACGGAUCGCACACAUUAACUAUAGAGAGCGCUAACGGGGCAGCAGGCGUCCCAAUGUUCGGGCCGGAUAGUCUGCUAAACCCUCUCAUCUUUAAGACCCAGCGGAGCGCGGAGGGAAACCCCGCGGGGGCUUUAGUUGGUUCUACUCUCCAGGAGUGUCGCUUGUUAUUUGGGGGAGGCGCUGGAGCCAUUUCACCACAUGAAAUCCCGAUGAACGAACGACCAGCGAUAUCAAAGUAGUUCUGGGAGCAGAGGAAUCCGCGUUAAGCUCUGGUCGACCUUCCCCCUCCGUGAACAAACCAAACUUCAACUCUCGCGCACACGCACGCCAGGCUGAGAGCAGAACGCGAGCACCGCGUGCACAUAGGACUCGAACAGAGCAAGUGAACACAGGGCUCGAACAGACAUUUUUCUGGGCUCUGUUGUUACCCCUCUCGUUUUUUCUCUCCGUUUCGUGGAUGUUGAACGGACAUUGGUGAUUCUAUGAUAUUCUUGCUCGGUGUUCGGCGGCGAGAAGAGAAGUUUGGUUGUUUGCCUAGUCGCUGCUGGAGGAGGUGGAGGCGGGAGAAAAGUGGGGUUAAAGUGGGGGAAGAUGGUGUGUGGUGCCGCUGUGAGGAGAGGCUCGCUGUUCGUCCUGGUACUUUACCUCGGGUUCGGCUCUACGCCGUGCACAGCCCGGGUCUACACCAACCACUGGGCGCUGAGGAUAGCCGGGGGGCCGGACGCCGCCGACCGGAUAGCGGAAAAAUACGGCUAUAGGAACAUGGGACAGAUCGGCGAUCUGACGGACCUCUACCACUUCUUCCAUAGCCGGACCAUCAAGAGGUCGACGCUGUCCAGCCGCGGACACCAUAGUUUCAUUUCAAUGGAACCCAAGGUGGAGUGGAUCCAACAGCAGGUGGUGAAGAGAAGGAUCAAGAGGGAUUACAAGCAGGUCCCUCCCCUUUCCCUCACAAGCCCAGCCAACUCCAGUCCAGCCCAAAACAACAUCUUCUAUAAUGACGGAAAGUGGAACAGUAUGUGGUAUAUUCACUGUAACGACGACGUGCACAACUGCCAGUCAGACAUGAACAUCAUGGGGGCGUGGAAGAGGGGCUACACGGGGAAGGACGUUGUGGUCACCAUCCUGGACGACGGCAUCGAGCACAACCACCCAGACCUCCUCCACAACUACGACCCGCAGGCCAGCUUUGACGUCAACGGUAACGACAUGGACCCCAUGCCCCGCUACGACGCCAGCAACGAAAACAAGCACGGGACGCGGUGUGCGGGUGAGGUGGCGGCGGCAGCUAACAACUCCCACUGCGUGGUGGGGAUCGCCUACAACGCCCGGAUAGGAGGUGUGCGCAUGCUGGAUGGCGAUGUGACGGACAUGGUGGAAGCGAAGUCCCUCAGCCAUCAACCACAGCACAUCGACAUCUACAGCGCCAGCUGGGGCCCCGACGAUGACGGCAAGACAGUGGAUGGACCCGCGUCGCUGGCCAGACAGGCCUUUGAAAACGGCAUUCGCAUGGGAAGGAAGGGCCGGGGCUCCAUCUUUGUCUGGGCGUCGGGUAACGGCGGCCGCAGCCGGGACCACUGCUCGUGCGACGGCUACACCAACUCCAUCUAUACCAUCUCCAUCUCCAGCACGGCCGAAAGCGGCCGAAAGCCCUGGUACCUGGAGGAGUGCUCCUCCACGCUCACCACCACCUACAGCAGCGGGGAGAACUACGACCGCAAGAUUAUAACCACAGACCUGAGGCAUCGGUGCACCGACAGUCACACAGGGACGUCUGCCUCAGCCCCCAUGGCCGCAGCUAUCAUCGCCUUGGCUCUAGAAGCAAAGAUCGCUCAGAGAUGGACCAUACAGCUACAGACUCUAAAGCUACAGACCAUACAGAUACAGGCCGUACAGCUACAGACCAUACAGCUACAGACCAUACAGCUACAGACCAUACAGCUACAUACCAUACAGCUACAGACCAUACAGCUUCAGACCAUACAGCUUCAGACCAUACAGCUUCAGACCAUACAGCUACAGACCAUACAGCUUCAGACCAUACAGACCAUACAGCUACAGACCAUACAGCUACAGACCAUACAGCUACAGACCAUACAGCUUCAGACAAUACAGCUUCAGACCAUACAGCUACAGACCAUACAGCUUCAGACCAUACAGACCAUACAGCUACAGACCAUACAGCUACAGACCAUACAGCUACAGACCAUACAGCUACAGACCAUACAGCUACAGACCAUACAGCUACAGACCAUACAGCUACAGACCAUACAGCUACAGACCAUACAGCUACAGACCAUACAGCUUCAGACCAUACAGCUACAGACCAUACAGACCAUACAGCUACAGACCAUACAGCUACAGACCAUACAGCUACAGACCAUACAGCUUCAGACCAUACAGCUUCAGACCAUACAGCUACAGACCAUACAGCUACAGACCAUACAGCUUCAGACCAUACAGCUUCAGUUCGGUUUUUCAACCAGUAUGCUGGGAGAUGCGUCUCUUCCCACAAGUAGUAGUGGGUGUUCCAGACCUUAUUAUGGGUUUAAACUGGAACCAAUAGGAUUGGAGGUUCUCACACAUUGUGUUCAAAGGGACCAGGCUAAGGCCAGACCCAAUAGGAACACGUCACUCUCCAACGUCCUCAGAUCGGUUCUUAGGCCCGUGGCCUUUUUCCACCGCAUCCCAAAGGAGGAUAUCUCUCAUUCUUCAAAAAGCCUUGUGGUCAAGUCAUGUUUGACCGUGUCGUCCGCAGGGCAGUACCUGAGUCACAGCGGAAAGUGUCACCCGUGUGAUGUCAGCUGUGGGCGAUGCGGGGGGCCGGAGAGCGACGACUGCAUCAGCUGCCCCGACUCCAGGUUUUUCGACGAUGGCCGCUGUGAAUUUUUUUGCAGGAGGGGACACUAUGCCAUGGAUAGGCAGUGCGAUCUCUGCCACCACACCUGCCAUGAAUGUAAUGAAGACAGUCUUUUCAACUGCACCAGUUGUGAAAAAGAUAAGUUUGGCAUGCAGCGCUACCUCCUACGGGGAGAGUGCCGCGCCUCGUGUCCCGAGGGGACCUUCCACGCGUCAGGGGGCCGCUGUGAGCCGUGCGCUGCGGACUGCGCUGUGUGCGCGGCCCUGGAGUUCUGCCUCCGCUGCAGGCCAGGACUCAGCAGCCGAGACGGCCGCUGCCUCCCACUGCUGUGUGCAGACGGGGAGAGGACAUGGUGGCAUCCUCUAGGUGAGGUAGCAGAUCCAAAGACUGAUGACUGCCAACCCUGCGAGGAGGGUUGUAAGAAAUGCCAACAUACAAACAAAGAUGGGAAACCAGCAACACUUUGUAUGAGCUGUGAAGACGAGUACUACAAGUGGGGGUCUGACUGCUACCGGUUCUGUCCAGAGCGAUCCUUCAGUGUGGAGGACUCAAUGGUGUGUUAUCCUUGUGAGGAUCAGCACUGCAUCAACUGUGACCAGAGCCAGUGCUACUGGUGUGAAGAAGGCUUCUCCAUCCUGGACGGUGAUUGCGUGGACUAUUGUAAGAAUGGCUUCUUCAUGGAUGCCACAGAACAUGAGUGUGAGCCAUGCCAUGUGUCCUGCCGCGCCUGUGGAGGACCGCAGUACAACGACUGUGACCAGUGUGAGGACGGCCUCACCCUGACCGCCGGCACCUGUCUGGAGCAGCAGACAUGGGCGCUAUGUCCCGAGAAGCAGUAUAAAAAUGGUAUAGGACAGACACUGGAGCUUGUGGUAACAAUGUUGUAUAUAUUGUUUGUAUUUGUGUCACAACAAUCUAGUGCGAUUGUGAACUGCUGUACUUUGGAUUUGGUUGUUUUUUCUUGCUGGGCUGUGGUUUGUUCUUCGGGUUUGUGUAUGGUUCGUGCUUCCUGUUUGGUUGUUGUUUGUACUUCCUGUUUGUUUGUGGUUUGUUCUUCCUGUGUGGUUCUUAUUUCCGUUUGUGUGCAAGCAGACCAGGGUGUUUGUGAGGGGUGCCAUCCCUCCUGUAAGACGUGCACUGGACAAGAGAAGAGAGACUGCCACACCUGUCCACCAGGUCGUUUUCUGACUGGCCAGCAGUCCUGCGUCUUCCAGUGCCCAUCAUCUUGGUUCGCUAACCAGACGUCCGGCCGCUGCCAGAGCUGCCUGCCUGGGUGUGAGAUGUGUCUGGACUCCCUGAGCUGUGUCCAAUGCCACAAUGGAUCCGCCGGGCUCUACCUGCAGGACGGGCAAUGUGUGAACAACUGUGACAGGGGUUUUUUGUUGGAGCAGCAGUGCCAUCCCUGUGCUCCAGAGUGUACCUCUUGCAUGCUGAACGCCUCCCACUGUCUCAGCUGUGCUGCUCAGUACCUUCUGUUCGACCACACCUGCCUGGGCCACUGUCCCCUGGGCUUCUAUGCCCAGGAGGUCCAAUGUCUGCCAUGCCCCCCAGACUGCAGGAGGUGCAGCGACGACGGCCUCUGUCAAGAAUGUGCUCAGUUCUUCUUCCUGCACCAGGACACGUGUGUAGGCGCCUGUCCUGGUGGAUAUUAUGCCAGCGAGCAGGAGUGCAUGCAUUGCCAUGGCAACUGCAUCUCAUGUAAUGGGCCAGAAUCGGACGACUGCACAUCGUGCCAGAACCCCAAGGCUGUGCGUUACUGCGGAGAGUGUCUGAAUCAAUGUCCCUUGAGUACCUACUAUGAUCAGCACACCGAGAAAUGCCGUGACUGCGCAGAGUCGUGUCUGACCUGCUCAGACCACGAGUCCUCCUCCUGCCUGAGCUGUAAGGACAACAGACGUCUAGACGAGAUGGGCCACUGCGUGUGGUACAGCCAGUGCUCCGUGCACACCUACAUUGAUGAGAAAGGCCAGUGCCUGCUGUGUGACCCACUCUGCAACCGCUGCUCAGGGCCUGGGAAGGGCCGCUGCCUCAACUGCGCUACUCUCUUCCUUCUGAACAACACCUGUAUUGUGGAGUGUCCUGCUGGUUACUACGGAGAUAGAGAGGAGAUGGCGUGCAAGCGAUGUCACGAGAGCUGUGUGUCGUGUGUGGGACGACACAGUGUAGAGUGUGUGACCUGUAAACCUGGCCAGUUCUACCAUGGGCAGAGCUGUGUGGAGAGCUGCUCAGAGGGUCAUUACAGCAACACCACCUCUGGGCUCUGUGAGCGCUGCGAGCCGUCCUGCAGCCGGUGUUCUGGGCCCAGUAGCCACCACUGUCUGGGCUGUCGGGAGGAUUACUGGUACCACACACAGUCGGGGAGGUGUCUGAAGGCCUGUCCCCUUGGUUACUACCAUGACACCUUGUCCAAAACAUGCCGCAAGUGCCACCCUAGCUGCAACACCUGCAACGGUGAGGGCCCUCUCGCCUGUGAAUCGUGUUACAAAGGAUACGACUUCUUGGUUGGCAUCUGUGAAUCUCAAUGUAUGCUGGGUUUUUAUGCUACACCCCAGGAGUCCGCCCAUUGGGAGCCAAACUGCCAGCCGUGUGAGCCCAGCUGUCUGGACUGCCGCGGCCCCAGCCAAUGGAACUGCACCGUGUGUCCAAGCCUCCAGCUGCUGUCUGAGGACGGCCGCUGCAUGUCCUGCUGCAGCAAGGAAACGCACAGCGACCGUAGGGAGCCCAUACCGUACGAAUGUUGCGACUGCCAGGCCUCCAUAGUGGAUUGUGUCCCGGGUUUCAACGUGGUGCCGAGGGGAGCUGAGGAGCUGGCGGGCAGCCGGGCCGGGCUUUGGGUGGCUCUCUGCGUCCUGCUGACCGGAGCCAUUGGUGGGACGCUCUUCCUCCUCCUCCAGGCUCGCUCCAAAGCCCAGCCGGUGUUCAGAGCCCUCAAGGCCAAGGCCGGUGGCUACCAGAAACUCGAUGGCCGGAGGGUGGGCUUGGCGCGGACCGCCGCCACCUCGUCCCUUGGUCAGUACAGCGACCACAUCGUCCAGAGCGAUGGUCGAGACGAUGAGGACGGCGAGGAAGAGGAUGAGGAAGAGGAGAACAUUGUGUACAUGGGCCAGGAUGGAACAAUGUACCGCAAGUUCAGGUACGGACCCCUGGAUGAAGACGAGGAGGUUGAGCUGGAGUACGACGACGAGAGCUACUCCUUCAGAUCCCCGUGAUCGACCAAUCUCCACCUCUCAAGAGGUUUAAAGGCGGCUGUAGGAAGGAUGGGGGAGACAUAAAGAGAGAGGAGCAGAAGACACGAAGUGUUUGAGAAUAUAGAAUCCCCCCAAUUCCUAUAUGGUGGAAGCCCACCACAUCCCGUGAUGCAUUUCGACGUUCUGAUGCUCUAUUGGUCAGAAAUGAGCCAGGAGAGGCCCAGGCUCUCAUAGCUGAUGUAUGGCAAUGCAAUUUCUGUAAAAUAGUAAGUCUUACCUAAAGCACUUGUAACUCAGGAUAGGUUCAACAUUAAACACUAUUGCAACUUGAGCCAUUCAACUAAUGGCCUAAUGUUAUUGUAAAAGAUUUUUUUUAUUUUUUAUAGUUUAACUUUUUUCUUACUCCACUCAAAUACACUUUAAGAACUCAAUAUAAAAAGGGUAAAGAAAUUAUUAAGUAAAUAAUGUGUCAAUUCUUCAUUUUCAUUUUUUUUCAUCCAGGGAAAUCUGUAUGAAGUUUUUAAAUGAAACCUGGUCUCAAAUGGUAUUACUUAAAUAUAAUAUUGCACAAAUAUUUUAUACAGGGGAUAAUGUGUGAUAAUAUUAGAGGUUAUAAAUAGCAAUUUAAAUUAUGUAACACUUGAUGUUAACUUUAUUUACAUUGAUGAACUACUGCAUGAUGUUAUCAAAUGAGAACAAUCUAUGGAUUGCAGAUAAUAUGGGUGGAACAGCUAUAGAGCGGCACAUAAUUCAUAUUUAAAAUAAUAAUUAAACAUGUUUAGUACAUCCAAGUCACAUUUACUGUCUUGAGUUGUUUGAGGAAAAGGUUUGAUAUUAUGGAUUAACUAAUGGCAACCAUGUUCUCCCUCUUUAACACAAUCCAGAUUACAAUUAAAGACAAUAACAAAUGUCUAUUGGUCAUUGAAGAGUCAAACAAAGACGCCUUGAUGUUACAACAUGAAGCUCAGUAACCCUUUCCCAGAUCUAGGAAUAAACACCUGACUACACUCUAGUUUUGUCAUCAUUUCCUAACGGAAAAAUCGUUUUUUUUAUUCAGGCUAUAUAAUGGUUCCAACCACAAAUCAUAAGCGGGAUAAGAACCAUAGGCGUCCAGAUCCCUGUGCCUCUAUAAAUGUGAUAUUCAAAUAUGGCCUAACAUUUAUGUUGAAAAAGCAGAGCUCCAAUAAAUGUGCUGUUUUGUGUUCUCUGACUUAUUAAAACAGAAAGAACUGUAUUGUUUAAAUUAAUAGUUACUCCUCUGAACCACAAUUGCCCAGGAUCAGAGUGGGAAAAAAAUGGGCUUUACUGUUUAAAAAUGUGUUUUGAUGUGCUGAGAUAACACAAGUGAUUCAGAAAUUGUUUUAAGUA